AUGCAUCGACGUUCCAUUGCUAACCUUUCCAAACUUGAGGAACUCAAUUUACAAGGUUGUCGAAGGCUUCAAUCUCUUCCUCCGCUGCCGUCAUCUUUAAAGACAUUAAUUCUGCAAGGAUGCAAGCUGUUGAAAGCUGUUCAUGGGUUUCAACAUUUGGAAUCCAUGGAACUAUUAGACAUGGAUGGAUGUGAAAAGAUCAACUUUACAUUGAUGAGCAGCCUGUUUAAGGGAAAGACUUUUAGACAUUUAGAGGAGUUAAGCGCUUCCGCAAGUAAAACUCUGACUGAGGAUGAAAAUUUCUCUUUUAUAGUUCCACUUGAUUCACCAAGUAACCCAUUGCUUCUACAGCAGUUGCAUUGUUAUGGGGAUGGCAGCAAAUCUGGCAGUCUACCUAAUAUUUACAUUAAGGUCUGCGUUAAGGAUAUGGAAGACAAUCUAGUAAUCUAUGAGACUAUAUUUAGCGGUUAUCGUGACGUUGACAACGACAUCAGUGGGCAAUGCAGUUGGUGCUAUACUGUUUCUUCUUCAGAAUACGAUGAUAUAAACAUUUGCCCUGAGCUCUAUCGGCCUUGUUCAAUAUGUGUGUCUACGGUCGAUAACUUCCCUCUAAUAAGGGUUGAUAUUCUGCUUAGAAGUGCCCGCAGAUGGACCAGAAAUUAUUCAGAAGUGAUUCCUGUUGGUGAGAAUAUAACAAAUUCAAGGAGGAUCUCUGCCGAGCAAAACCAGCCAUUGCCAUCAAUGUUGUCAGCUGAAUAUUUUACAUUUGAGUUUGAUGUAUUGUUCAGAUAUGUAGAAGAGGAUAUUCCUACCAAAUUUAUAAACAACCUAUACAAGGCCCUACAACAGCAUGGCAUCUGCAUAUUUAAAGGUGAAGAUGCUGAAAGUAAAGGGGAAGAAUAUUUGCUUAACUGCAUUGAAAGAUCGGCCAUCUGCAUACCCAUCUUCUCGAAGCGCUUUCCUCAGUCAAAGUGGCACCUUAAGUCGGUUGCCAAGAUGGUAGAAUUUAGAAAGUUUAUCAUACCUGUAUACUUUCAAGUCCGUCCUUUAGAUAUCAGAGAUCAAAAGGAAGAGUUUGGAACAUAUUUCUCGCGUCACAAAAAUGAAGAUCGAAGAGAGAUUGUAGAAGAUUGGAGAAAAGCAUUGGAAGUUGUUGUUAGACGAUGCCAUCACCAAUUUAUCUACAAAACAAGCAGGUACAUGGAAGAACUUAUUACCGUCAUAUGCAAUCGAAUUUCAAGCAUGCUAAACUCAGUUACAUUCAGAAUAACACCCCCCUCGUUUGGUGUAAAGGAUGUGAUAAGAAUGUUGGAGAAAGAUGGAGACAAUGUUUGCAUGGUUGGAAUCUGUGGACAAAGUGGAAUGGGGAAGACGACAAUUGCAAAAGCCAUAUAUGACCAGCUUUCUCAUGACUUUGUUGACAGUGCCUUCAUCCCUUAUGUUCGGGCCUUCGAGGAAAGGAAAUGGCAGUUUCUAGGACAAAGGGUGCUCAUAGUCUUUGAUGAUGUUGAUGGACUUGACAACUUUCAAAGUCGCGAAACAAUCGAUCGAGAUUUGUUUGGUAAAGGAAGCAAGAUAAUUGUCCUUGCAAAAGACCAAAAAGACCUCAUCAGUUUUGGAGGGAAGGAGGACAACAUUUAUUUUGCCCAUGAGCUAAACAACAUGCAAUCACUUCGGUUCCUUAGUUACUAUGCAUUUAAAGGUAAGCAACCAACAGCUGAGAUUGUUGAAUUAGCAAGGAAGGUGACAGAAUUUGUGGGAGGACUGCCAUUAGGUCUUGCGGUACUUGGCUCACUCCUUUCGAGUAUGAGAACCAAAGAAGAAUGGAAAAGCAUGUUGGAAAAAUUAUCAAGUGCUCCGAAUGAAGGUAUAGAUAAGGUACUUAAAGUAAGCAUGGAUGCUCUACAUCCUAAUCAACUACAAAUAUUUUUUGACAUAAUAUGUCGUCUAAUUGGGUGUGAAAAGGAGUAUGCAACUUAUGUGUGGGAGGAUUGUGGGUAUUCUCCAACUGAUGCAAUAAAAGUUCUUCAGCAAAGGGCUCUUAUAAGCAUCGAUGAGAUAGGCAGGUUCAGAAUGAAUGACGAAAUUCGAGAUAUGUGCAGAUCGAUGGUUGAAAGUGGUGAACUCAAAUUUUGGAUCGAGAAUGGUUUACUGGUGGCCUUUCCUGAUUGGGAGGUCUUCAAGAAACUGAAGGUCCUAGAGAUCAUAUGUUGUAGUGAUGUUUAUAUGGCAUCUCAGGAUUUCUCACUCAUGCCGAACCUAGUGAAGCUGGUGAUUGAUUUUCCAUGGACUUUUGAUCAAAUUCCCAUGUCAGUUUGGAGGUUUGGGAAGCUCGAAUACCUGAGAAUUACAGGGGCAAUGGAAAAACUAUCCAGUAGUAUCAGUAACUUGAGUUCCCUUCAAACCCUUGACCUUGGAGGAUCCUAUCAGCUUUAUGAAUUGCCAAAAGAUUUAGGGGAUUUGGCAGCCCUAAGAAAACUCAUCCUUUGCGACUGUGCAUUGUUUGAGAUUCCUAGUUCUGUGGUGCAACUAAACCAUCUAAGGACCCUUAACGUCAGUGGCUGUUGGAGUCUUCUCUGUCUGCCACAACUUCCGUCAUCUUUGAUCAUUCUUGAUGCCUCUGAGUGUACCGAUUUGAGACAGGUUGCAGAUAUUUCAAGCCUAAAAGAUCUAAGGACUUUGAAUCUUGACAGAUGUGAUGAACUUGAAGGUGUACCUGGCCUACAAAAUUUAAAAUCCCUAACAUUUUUAAAGCUGCCAUUUCAUAUUAGUCAGAGCGAGAACCUCUAG